AUGUGGGAUGAGAGGUUGUCUGGAAGCUUAGGAGAGGCAGAGGAGGGGCUAAGGGUAUGGGUGGAUCGAGAUGCUCAGAAAGAAGGUUACAGUAAUGGAUUAGGGGAGCACAGCAAGCGACAUGUAAGCAUGAAACGAAACCUCGAGGAGGCUUGCAGCGAUGAACAACAGCAGCAGGAAGGGACUGCUUGCAAGGCGCGCUGUCUCGAUGUCGAGGAGCCCACGGGAGGAGGGAAGGAAGAACCUUGUGACCCGCAUGAUGCUGACGCGAGCAAGAACGCUGCCAAUGGGAUCUACGACGAGAAUGACGAGGCCUUGAAGGGCAAGGACGAUGAAAAGCCGAAGGAUGUAGAGCAGCGCACAACAAACACACUGGAAGAUUUGGAUGUGGAAGCGGCAGCAAGGGAGGUUGAGUCCAAGUGUGGACUGCAGAUUGCUGUGGACAAGACUAGGCUUCAGGUCUGCUGGGAGAUCAACGACGAUGAGGAGGGUGUCAGCGAUGAAGUCUGGUGGGGAUGCACCGUCGCUCACCUCAUGUACAAGCAUGAAGAAUACGGGCCUGUGUGGCUGCUGAAAUAUGACGAGAUGAGCGUGAAAGGAACGCCGUUCCCUGCUGAGGAACGACCAGUUGCUUUCUGCUCCAAGAACCUCCUCGUUGAUAUUCACAGCGGAGAGAGCAAGGAAGGAGGUGGCAACAUCGGACUGAUGCUGUGGAAGAUGGAGAACUCUGACGAAGUGCUCCUUCCUAUCCUCUCUGUACAUGACGCCGUCAAAGUGAAGAUAGAAGGAAAGGAGGAAACUAGAGACGCAGUCAUCACCGGAAUGAAUCUCGAUGGGACAUAUCGUGUG